CAGCGCGCAUGCUCGCGGCUCGGCGCUGAAAUUCAAAUUUGAACGGCUGCAGAGACCGAGUCCGACACUGGAAGCCGAGAGGAGAGGACAGCUGGUUGUGGGAGAGUUCCCCCGCCUCAAGACUCCUGGUUUUUUCCAGGAGACACACUGAGCCGAGACUCACUUUUCUCUUCCUGAAUUUGAACCACCGUUUCCAUCGUCUCGUAGUCCGACGUCUGGGGCGAUGGAUCCGUUUACCGAGAAACUGCUGGAGCGAACCCGUGCCAGGCGAGAGAAUCUUCAGAGAAAAAUGGCUGAGAGACCCACAGCAGCUCCAAGGUCUAUGACUCAUGCUAAGCGAGCCAGACAGCCACUUUCAGAAGCAAGUAACCAGCAGCCCCUCUCUGGUGGUGAAGAGAAAUCUUGUACGAAACCAUCACCAUCAAAAAAACGCUGUUCUGACAACACUGAAGUAGAAGUUUCUAACUUGGAAAAUAAACAACCAGUUGAGUCAUCGUCUGCAAAAUCUUGUUCUCCAAGUCCUGUGUCUCCUCAGGUGCAGCCACAAGCAGCAGAUACCGUCAAUGAUUCUGUGGCUGUCCCGGCAUCACUGCUGGGCAUGAGGAGAGGGCUGAACUCAAGAUUGGAAGCAACUGCAGCCUCCUCAGUUAAAACACGUAUGCAAAAACUUGCAGAGCAACGGCGCCGUUGGGAUAAUGAUGAUAUGACAGAUGAUAUUCCUGAAAGCUCACUCUUCUCACCAAUGCCAUCAGAGGAAAAGGCUGCUUCCCCUCCCAAACCACCAGUUUCAAAUGCCUCAGCAGCUCCAGUUGGGAGAAGGGGCCGUCUGGCCAACCUUGCUGCAACUAUUUGCUCCUGGGAAGAUGAUGUAAAUCACUCAUUUGCAAAACAAAACAGUGUACAAGAACAGCCUGGUACCACUUGUUUAUCCAAAUUUUCCUCUGCAAGUGGAGCAUCUGCUAGGAUCAAUAGCAGCAGUGUUAAGCAGGAAGCUACAUGCUGUUCCCAAAGGGAUGGCGAUGGCUCUUUGAAUAAAGCCCCAUCCUCAAGUGCUGAUGAUGCAUCUUUGGUUAAUGCCUCAAUUUCCAGCUCUGUGAAACCUACUUCUUCUCCAGUGAAAUCUACUACAUCUAUCACUGAUGCUAAAAGUUGUGAGGGACAAAAUCCUGAACUUCCAAAAACUCCUAUUAGUCCUCUGAAAACAGAGGUAUCGAAACCAAUUGUGAAGUCAACUUUACCCCAGACAGUUCCGUCCAAAGGAGAACUAAAUAGAGAAAUUUGUCUGCAAUCUCAAUCUAAAGACAAAUCUACAACACCAGGAGGAGCAGGAAUUAAGCCUUUCCUGGAACGCUUUGGAGAGCGUUGUCAAGAACACAGCAAAGAAAGUCCAGCUCGUAUCACACCCCAUAGAACCCCUAUUAUUACUCCAAAUACAAAGGCCAUCCAAGAAAGAUUAUUCAAGCAAGACACAUCUUCAUCUACUACCCAUUUAGCACAACAGCUCAAGCAGGAACGUCAAAAAGAACUAGCAUGUCUUCGUGGCCGAUUUGACAAGGGCAAUAUAUGGAGUGCAGAAAAAGGCGGAAACUCAAAAAGCAAACAACUAGAAACCAAACAGGAAACUCACUGUCAGAGCACUCCCCUCAAAAAACACCAAGGUGUUUCAAAAACUCAGUCACUUCCAGUAACAGAAAAGGUGACAGAAAACCAGACACCAGCCAAAAUUUCCAGUACAGAACCUACAGGUUUCACUGAAUGCAAAAUGACGAAAUCUAGUCCUUUGAAAAUAACAUUGUUUUUAGAAGAGGACAAAUCCUUAAAAGUAACAUCAGACCCAAAGGUUGAGCAGAAAAUUGACGUGAUACGUGAAAUUGAGAUGAGUGCGGAUAAUGAUGAUGAUAUCAAUAGUUCAAAAGUAAUUAAUGACAUCUUCAGUGAUGUCCUAGAGGAAGGUGAACUAGAUGUGGAGAAGAGCCAGGAGGAGAUGGAUCAAGCAUUAGCAGAAAGCAGCGAAGAACAGGAAGAUGCACUGAAUAUCUCCUCAAUGUCUUUACUUGCACCGUUGGCACAAACAGUUGGUGUGAUAAGUCCAGAGAGUUUAGUGUCCACACCUAGACUGGAAUUGAAAGACACCAGCAGAAGUGAUGAAAGUCCAAAACCAGGAAAAUUCCAAAGAACUCGUGUCCCUCGGGCUGAAUCUGGUGAUAGCCUUGGUUCUGAAGAUCGUGAUCUUCUUUACAGCAUUGAUGCAUAUAGAUCUCAAAGAUUCAAAGAAACAGAACGUCCAUCAAUAAAGCAGGUGAUUGUUCGGAAGGAAGAUGUUACUUCAAAACUGGAUGAAAAAAAUAAUGCCUUUCCUUGUGAAGUUAAUAUCAAACAGAAAAUGCAGGAACUCAAUAACGAAAUAAAUAUGCAACAGACAGUGAUCUAUCAAGCUAGCCAGGCUCUUAACUGCUGUGUUGAUGAAGAGCAUGGAAAAGGAUCCCUAGAAGAAGCUGAAGCAGAAAGACUUCUUCUAAUUGCAACUGAGAAGAGAACACUUUUGAUUGACGAAUUGAAUAAAUUGAAGAACGAAGGACCUCAGAGGAAGAAUAAGGCUAGUCCUGUAUCCCAAAGUGAAUUUAUGCCAUCCAAAGGAUCAGUUACUUUGUCAGAAAUCCGCUUGCCUCUAAAAGCAGAUUUUGUCUGCAGUACGAUUCAGAAACCAGAUGCAGCAAAUUACUAUUACUUAAUUAUACUAAAAGCAGGAGCUGAAAAUAUGGUAGCCACACCAUUAGCAAGUACUUCAAACUCUCUUAACGGUGAUGCUCUGACAUUCACUACUACAUUUACUCUGCAAGAUGUAUCCAAUGACUUUGAAAUAAAUAUUGAAGUUUACAGCUUGGUGCAAAAGAAAGAUCCCUCAGGCCUUGAUAAGAAGAAAAAAACAUCCAAGUCCAAGGCUAUUACUCCAAAGCGACUCCUCACAUCUAUAACCACAAAAAGCAACAUUGCUUCUUCAGUCAUGGCCAGUCCAGGAGGUCUCAAUGCUGUGCGAACCAGCAACUUCGCCCUUGUUGGAUCUUACACAUUAUCAUUGUCUUCAGUAGGAAAUACUAAGUUUGUUCUGGACAAGAUAAAUUAUGAUGUAAGAGAGCGAGAGCUACUGGGCUAUUUGUUCCAGGAAAAGGUCCCCUUUUUAUCUUCUUUGGAAGGUCAUAUUUAUUUAAAAAUAAAAUGUCAGGUGAAUUCCAGUGUUGAAGAAAGAGGGUUUCUAACCAUAUUUGAAGAUGUUAGUGGUUUUGGUGCCUGGCAUCGAAGAUGGUGUGUUCUUUCUGGAAACUGUAUAUCUUAUUGGACUUAUCCAGAUGAUGAGAAACGAAAGAAUCCCAUAGGAAGGAUAAAUCUGGCUAAUUGUACCAGUCGUCAGAUAGAACCAGCCAACAGAGAAUUUUGUGCAAGACGCCACACUUUUGAAUUAAUUACUGUCCGACCACAAAGAGAAGAUGACCGAGAGACUCUUGUCAGCCAAUGCAGGGACACACUCUGUGUCACCAAGAACUGGCUGUCUGCAGAUACUAAAGAAGAGCGGGAUCUCUGGAUGCAAAAACUCAAUCAAGUUCUUGUUGAUAUUCGCCUCUGGCAACCUGAUGCUUGCUACAAACCUAUUGGAAAGCCUUAAACUGGGAAAUUUCCAUGCUAUCUAGAGGUUUUUUGAUGUCAUCUUAAGAAACACACUUAAGAGCAUCAGAUUUACUGAUUGCAUUUUAUGCUUUAAGUACGAAAGGGUUUGUGCCAACAUUCACUAUGUAUUAUGCAGUAUUUAUAUCUUUUGUUUGUAAAACUUUAACUGAUUUCUGUCAUUCAUCAAUGAGUAGAAGUAAAUACAUUAUAGUUGAUUUUGCUAAAUCUUAAUUUAAACGCCUCAUUUUCCUAGAAAUCUAAUUAUUCAGUUAUUCAUGACGAUAUUUUUUUAAAAGUAAGAAAUUCUGAGUUGUCUUCUUGGAGCUGUAGGUCUUGAAACAGCAACGUCUUUCAGGGGUUGGAGACAGAAACCCAUUCUCCAAUCUCAGUAGUUUUUUCGAAAGGCUGUGAUCAUUUAUUGAUGAUGGUGUGUCUUGUUACUAGGGUACUGAAAAAAUGUCUAAGGCCUUUACAGAAACCUUUUUAGUGAUGAGGAUGAGAACUUUUUCAAAUAGCAAAUAUAUAUUGGCUUAAAGCGUGAGGCUGCCUUCAAAAAAGAGAUGUGGACAUAGGAGGCAAUGUGUGAGACUUGGGGGUUCAGUAUUUUAUAUAGAAGAGUUAAUAAGCACAUGGUUUACAUUUACUCAGCUACUAUAUAUGCAAUGUGGUGCACAUUUUCAUAGAAUUCUGGCUUCAUUACGGUCAUUAUUUUUACUGCAUAGCUUACAGACUUAGCAUAUUAGUUUUUUCUACUACAACAAGUGUAAAUUGAAAAAUCUUUUUAUUAAAAAAGUAAACUGUUAUGAAGCUGCUAUGGACUAAUAAUACUUUGCUUGCCAAAGUGUUUGGGUUUUGUUGUUGUUUGGUUUUUUUUUGGUUCAUGAACAAUAGUGUCUAGAAACUCAUUUUGAAAUUGGAAAAUUAUUAAGUCAUGUGUCACCUUUAAACACCUUUUUUUAAUUAUAAAAUAUUGUAAAGCAGGGUCUCAACUUUUAAAUAUACUUUGAAUUUCUUCUCUGAAUUAUUAAAGUUCUUUAUGACCUCAUUUAUAAACACUAAAUUCUGUCACCUUCUGUCAUUUUAUUUUUUAUUCAUUCAAAUGUAUUUUUUCUUGUGUAUAUUAUAAAAAUAUAUUUUAUGAGCUCUUACUCAAAUAAAUACCUGUAAAUGUCUAAAGGAA